AACUCCACCCUCUUCCAACACUUACCAGGAAGAGACUGACUUACUAUUUCUCUUUUCUGUCAUACUGACUCUCUUCUCUCUUGACAAAAGAAAUAAAGAAUCAGCGAUCAGUGGAGAAUGAAGAGAAACACUUUCAAGAAGGAUUUUUGAGGCAUUUGUUUCUGAACAGACAGCAGAUCGUUGUGAUUCUCAAGGUGAUUCAUUUUUAAAACUGUCGUUCAGAAAGUGAAAGUAAAGUUUAUGUUGCUGGAGCUCAAACAGUGAAAAUGGCUUCACUAAAUGUUUCUGCUGAAGAGCUUUCUUGUCCCGUGUGCUGUGAAAUCUUCAAGACUCCUGUUGUUUUAUCAUGUAGUCACAGUGUCUGUAAAGAGUGUCUUCAACAGUUCUGGAGAACCAAGAAAACUCAGGAGUGUCCUGUCUGCAGGAGAAGAUCCUCAAAAGAUAAUCCUCCUCUUAAUAAUCCUCCAAUUAAUCUUGUGUUAAAAAACUUAUGUGAGUUGGUCCUGACAGAGAGAAAUGAGACGAGCUUAUCAGGAUCUGAGGAGAUCUGCAGUUUACACAGUGAGAAACUCAAACUCUUCUGUCUGGAGGACAAACAGCCUGUGUGUUUAGUGUGUAUUAAUUCACAAAAACACGUCAGUCACACAUUCAGACCCAUCUGUGAAGUGGUUUCAUCAUAUAAGGAGGAGCUCAAUACAGCACUGAAGUCCUUACAGAAGAAACUUCGACACAAUGAAGAAAUGAAAGGAGAGUUUGAGAAAACAGUUCAACACAUCGAGUCUCAAGCUGAGCACACAGAGUGUCAGAUUAAACAGCAGUUUGAGAAGCUUCAUCAGUUUCUCAGAGAUGAAGAAGAAGCUACAAUCACUGCACUGAGGGAGGAAGAGGAGCAGAAGAAGCAGAUGAUGAAGGAGAAGCUGGAGGAGAUGAACAGACACAUCUCAGCUCUUUCACACACAAUCAAAGACAUGGAGGAGAUGAUGAAAGCCAAUGACGUCUGCUUUCUGAAGGAGUUUCCCGUCUCAAAGGAAAGAGUCCAGAGCUCACAGCCGGAUCCACAGAUGGCUUCUGGAGCUUUGAUUCAUGUGCCGCGUUACUUGGGCAACCUGCCGUUCAGAGUCUGGAAGAAGAUGCAGGACAUCGUCCAAAACACUCCUGUGAUUCUGGAUCCAAACACUGUGAGUCCAGAUCUCGUCCUGUCUGAUGAUCUGACCAGUGUGAGACACAGCGGGAACUAUCAACCUCUUCCUGAUAAUCCAGAGAGAUUUGACAGUCUCUGUGUUCUGGGUUCAGAGGGGUUUAACUCAGGAACACACUGCUGGGAUGUGGAGGUUAAAGAGAGUCAAUACUGGGUUCUUGGAGUAACUACAGCAUCAAACCAGAGGAAGGAAUAUGUUUUCUUCAGCACUGAUGUCUGGUGUGUGUCGUACGGAUGUACUGCAGGUUCUAGUUUUCGUGUCAAACAGAAGAUUGAUCGUGUGAGAGUGAAUCUGGACUAUGACAGAGGAACGGUUUCAUUCUCUGAUCCUGUAACUAACAGACAUCUACACACAUUCACAACCACCUUCACUCACACACUCUUUCCAUUCUUCUGGUGUUAUCCCUCUCUCAGGAUCUUAGCGGUCAAUAGUCAGUAAUCGUUACUCCUGUAGGUCUGGAUCUUCCUGCUUUCAUCAUGUUUCCAAUAUUUAAUCCAGAUCACAUGAGUAAGAGUGCUGUUGAUCUGAGUAUCAGUACGGUGGCUGUGAUUGGGCCGUGAUGAUCACAUGACUGAUAUCAGCACUACAGCAACACUCACACUCUCAUAUUUCAUAUCAACAGAUCAAUAAACAAGUUUAUUUAAUUAGAUUAUAGAAAAAGUUCCUUUACACAAUAAGAACAAUUAUUAGACCAUUUUAGGAUAAUAACAUUUACCUGAUUAUUUCAGUGAAGUUUGUCACUUUGCUAAUUUUCACAUAAUUCUAUAUAUUUUUUUCUAGAAACUGAACCUAAUUCUACAGUUUCAGUGAAUUUGUAAAUGAAUAAUUGUUUAUUUCAGUUUAAAUGAUCAUGUGUUCACUUCAAUACAUGUAAAUGAUGAACACUUAGAAACUCUUGAUUAGUGUUUACGGAUCUGAUCCUAAAAAACAAAAAGUCAAAGUUUCUGUGAUUCACUGAAAUCUGACAAAGACUGAGUUUCAGAACAGAAUUUGAUCAUCCCGAGUUUAAAAAGUUUGAAAGGUUUUGAACUACAGCAUCAUUCAGACACACAGACAUCAAGGAUCUCAACACUGACAAUCAAAAGCUUCAUGCCGCAGUGCAUGCUGGGAGUUUUGUACUAUGAAGCUUUUGAUUGUCAUUGCUGAGAUUCAUAUGCUGAUUUUUGAUGUGUGAAUGAUGCAGUACCUCUGAAUGUUUGAUGUGGUGAUGAUGUCAUAAUCAUCAUGAUCGUCUGAUUGGCUGAUCUCAUCCUGUGUUUAUAAAUCAGAGUCUUCCUCAGAAAGACAGGAGUAACUCUGGUGUAAAAUAGUCUCUACAUCAGAUCACAUCGAACAAUCAUUACAGGUAGUAAGUUAGUUUCACAUCACAAUUAGUAUUUAAUUUAGUUCUUACAUCUUUGUGUGGAGCUGCUUGACAUUCUUCUUUAGGCAGAUGUUUAUUAAGAUGUUUUGAGUUCAACAACAUCAGUUCAUACGUGUGAAACUCCAGUAGGGUUCAACAGGUUAAAGACACCCUACCAAAACUGUGCUUUAACUACUCCAUAGUGUGUGAUUGAAGAAAAAUAUAUAUGUUUGUAUUAAACACUGAUGGAGCAACAGAUUUUGUGUGAAAAUAAAUCUUUAAAGUGGUUUAUUUUGUUUAAAAUCUUCUAAAUGUAUGAGGUGGAGAGGGGGUCUUUUACCCCACAGACACAAAACCAGCAUGAGGAAAAAGACACAAACACUUACACAAAAACUUUAGUUAAAAUAAUGUUUUUAAUAAUGUCUAAGUUAAUACUUGUUCAAGACAAUCACUUUAGCAAAGUUUGUACAAUUUUCUGUUUAUUUUGAUAAAUAAAAAUGUUUAUUUUUGUUUAAUAAAUUCAUUUUAAAAACACAGAAACAAAAUUAUUUUAAAAAGUAAAGAUUCUGAAAGCAUUGAAGGAGAUCCCAUAAUAAUCUAAUGAAGCUUUACAGUAGUAACAAAUAAAUAUAUUUUAUUAUAUGUUCAGUUUGUUUUCAUUAGUCACAUGUCUUCCAUUGUUCAGUUUUCCCGCCACCUUUUAGUUGUCAUGGUAAUUCAUUUGAUCAUCACAGGUGUUCAUUAUUAUUUCCCUCUUCUCAGUGUUCAUUUGUCUGUUCUCAUUAAUGCUCAUGUGUGUGGAUACUCCAGCCUGUCUGAAUUUCUACCUGUUUAGAUUAUAUUUAGUGAACUUUGUUUUGGACCUUUAUUCGUCUGUGUCUUCAUCUGUCUGCACACACGUGUGUGACAUAAAUAUGAUGGUUUCAUAAUAAGGUGGACACCCAAAUUAAUAUACAUGUGCGUGACAGAAGAAUGGACCAAAAAGAAGAAUGGACAUUGCGUCUAUUAACUUUUCUCCAAUGAGAGGGAACAAACUAUACUGUUGGACGGAGGAACAGUGUUUGUGUUUCAGCUUGGCAGUUCCUUUGCCACCUGCGAUGACAUCUCUUUGAUGGAAUGGUCUUUGGUGUUUUGGUGUAUUAUGAAGAAGACUGUAUGCACUCACACUUAAAAUUCACAGCUUUAUUAUUGAGGUGGAAACUUUAUACGUCUAUUUAUCUUUCCUAGAAACACACACACAUUCAGCAGCUGAAUUUCAACCUCUGCCUGGUUCAUUUAAAAGAGCCCACUGUGUUUUUUUUUGUUUUUUUUCCCCUUAAUAAACCAAAUGCUUCACUGGG